GUUUUCCUGAAUGAGAUGAUGCAUCUAGUGAUCCAUCCUUCUUCAGAGAUUGGCUACAUGCUCAGGGUACAAAAGGAGAAGAAAGACGUUUGUACUCACCAAAUACCUACACACACACAGCUGCUUGCGAUGGAGUCGGCCAUUAAUGCGCUGGUGUCUGGGUUCAAGGCCUAUGCUGGCAGGGAUGGUUCCUCUGACACGCUGAGCAGAGAUGAGUUUUACCGACUGGUGUCAUCAGAGCUCCCUAACUUCAUCAAGAAAGCUGAUGACCCUGCUGCCAUUGACCAACUUAUGAGCUCAUUGGACAAGAACAAUGAUGGAGAGCUCAACUUCUUGGAGUUCUGGCAGCUGAUUGGGCAACUUGCAAGCAAGCAUGGGAGGUUUAGCCAAUAGAGUGUCCUCGGAUACUCUUUCUUUCGCAGUUCUGUGUGUUACUGUGUCGCUUGUGUGCCAUGCAGUUAAAAAAAAAAAACGGGAUACCAGCCAGAUGGAAAACACCCUAAAGCCCGUUUCAGUUUCACAGUUCUGUGUUUUUUAGUCAAUAGUUUGUGUUUCAUUUCCACUUCACAUGUUUCAAGAGGCUGUCAGGUAGAUUCAGUCACUUUUACAUAACACUACACGGUUUUAGAACAAAUCCCAGCCUGCAGCGAAAACACACAUGCUUACAGCCCCGUGUGCUCACAGUCCUAUGAUGAAACUGGAGAAUAGGAAUGUAGUGUGCUACAGCCGUGUGUGUGUGUGUGUGUGUGUCUGUGUGCGCAUUCCUGGCUUCCUAAUUCCUGGAAAUCAUCAUCUCCCCUCCGGACGCCAACAGAGGUGGUGUUGUAGGGAAAGAUCUGAACUUAUAAAAGAAAUCUGAAUAAAAUGUAACAGGAUAGUUCUGUGUU